GAGAGAGAGUGGGGGUGUGUUUUUGUGUUCAAAAGCGUGCAGACAAGGGAGAAGGAUUUUCCAGUACAGAGAAAAAAGGGAGAGAGAGAGAGCGAGAGAGAGAGAGAGAAUGAGAAAAAGCCAAAGCGAACCGAUGACGAUCGGACGGAUCUGGGUCAACGCCGUUUGACCGUAAAUAUGAUAACUGAAGGGCCAAAGUUGUAAAUUUAAGUAAACCCACUCCACCCUUUGGCCUUGUGGGGGGGUUUUCUUUAAUCUGUGUUUAUUUUAUUUUUAAUUUUUAGUUUUAAUUUUUUUUUUUCAUUUUAAAUAAUAAUAAUAAUAAUAUAUAUAUUUAUGAAGAAGCAUUCGGCUGUGUCGUUGUUAUUGUUGCGGUCUCUUUGAAGGACUUUUUGUUGGGAAGAGAGGUGGUGGUGGGGGUUGUGUUCCUUUGCCUUUCUUUUAAAUAUAAGGUUUCUCUUUGGCUGUCUUAUUUUUUCCUCUCUUUUAUAAUCUCUGCGUGCCACAGAGAGAGAGAGAGAUUAAACUGAAACAAACCCAGAAGUUGUAUGUAGUUUGUUUUUAGUAUGAGAACGAGAAGAGGGCUUUGUUAUCCUAGAGUUGCAGGCGUUUGUAAUCCCGACAAUACAGCAGUUAUGAAGAGGAAAGAUUUCUCCGGCGAACGAUUGGUUUGCCGGAAAAGGAUUAAGAAAUCACCGGAGGUUUCCGCUUCCGGUGGGUUAGAUUUCUUCGACGGUUUGCCUGAUGACCUUGUUAUUUCUAUUCUCUGCAAACUUAGUUCCAGUUCCACUUGCCCUUUGGAUUUCCUCAACGUCUUGAUAACAUGCAAACGGUUAAAGGGGUUAGCUCUGAAUUCUCUGGUAUUAUCCAAAGCGUCUCAGAAAACGUUUGCAGUGAAGGCUAAGAACUGGUCCGAGUCAGCUCACCGAUUCCUGAAACAGUGUGCGGAUGCCGGAAACAUCGAAGCCUGCUACACUCUAGGCAUGAUUCGUUUCUAUUGUUUACAAAACCGAGGCAGCGGAGCUUCGUUCAUGGCAAAGGCCGCGAUUAGCUCACACGCGCCGGCACUGUAUUCCCUCGCCGUUAUCCAGUUCAACGGCAGCGGCGGCUCCAAGAACGAUAAGGAUCUUCGAGCUGGAGUGGCUCUGUGUGCCCGAGCUGCGUUCCUUGGUCACAUAGACGCUCUUCGAGAGCUCGGCCACUGCCUCCAAGACGGCUAUGGCGUCCGCCAGAACAUCUCGGAAGGCCGACGAUUCCUCGUCCAAGCCAACGCUCGUGAGCUCGCUGCGGUUCUAUCCACCGCGGCCGCUUCGGGUUUCUCCACGCGUCAGUGGCUGACGUGGAACCCACUCCCUCAUCCUCAUCCUCAUCCUCACCCACAGGUCCGCCACCUCACCGGCUCGGGUUGUCCGUUGCUCAGCGAUUUCGGUUGCAACGUUCCGGCGCCGGAAGUCCACCCGGCCAGCCAGUUCUUGGCGGAUUGGUUCGCCGCACGUGCUGGGUCUCCCGGGUCGGGUCUGAGGCUUUGUUCGCACGUGGGAUGUGGUCGGCCCGAGACGAGAAGGCACGAGUUUCGUCGGUGCUCGGUAUGUGGUGGCGUGAACUACUGCUCACGCGCUUGUCAGGCGCUUGAUUGGAAACUGCGCCAUAAGGCGGAGUGUGCGCCGGUUGAGCGGUGGCUUGAUGAUGACGGCGAAGCUGUUGACGGUGACGGAGCCGUUGAUGGGGUCAAUGACGUCAUGAUGGCUGAUAGCUAAAAAAACAAAAAUGGGGUUUUUUUGACGGACACGGUAACUUGUGUUUAUUACGUUAACAGUAACGGCACAGUACGAGAGAGAGUGAGAGAGAGAAGAAGAGAGAAUUAGAGAGAAACAAAUGAAGGCCAUUUUUGGUUGAAGCAGAGUAUAGAUUUAAGUUAAAUCAUGGCCGUUGAAUGGCUCUGAGUUUUGAUCGUCCGUCGUUGUAUAGUAAGGGGAGGGCGUUUUGCUCUUUUAGGUAAAAAAACGAUGGAAGCUUUUUUUUUUUUUUGCCUUCUUCUUUUCUUUUGUUUUUUUAACCUUUUUUUUUUUUUUUUGGGGUACUUUUAAUGUGCUAUAGAGAAGAUAAGUUCCUGCGUUAAUUUUGGUAAAACCAAAAUUCCAAAUUUUUCAUUAAGAUUUGAAAAUCUGUCUCUUAUUUCGGUUUCUCUCGCAAUAAUUAUAAAAUCAGAGCCUCCAAUGUAAUGCUCAUUUAUAUGUUUUUGAA